CCCCCAUCUAUAUUUCUUACCAAUCUCCAUUACCAAAACCAAGCAAAAUAACAACAAAUCUCUUCUUUCUCUCUCUACAAAUCUUCUCAAAUUGCCCAUGGCGCAAAGAACAGAGAAUGAAGAGACGGAGUUCAACGUUGUUCCUGAAACCAUAACACCUUGCGUCAACAACUGUGGCGUCACCGGUAAUCCAACCACCAACAAUAUGUGUCAGAAAUGUUUUAACGCAACGUCAACGGUUGCCGUAAUCUCUACGGUACCUCCGACGGCGACGAAGAUUGAUAAGAGAAGGAAUCAUAGAUCUAGAUCUAUACGGUCGCCGGAAAGGAUUAAAUCAGAUCUGGAAAAAACUUUUCGGAUUCCAACUGCGGAAGAGGAGGAGGCUAGAACAACGGAUGGAUCUGAUUUAGUUAAGAGAGAGGUGAAUCGAUGUUCGGGUUGUCGAAGGAAGGUGGGUUUGACUGGGUUUCGAUGUCGAUGUGGUGAGCUGUUUUGUUCUGAACAUCGUUAUUCUGAUCGACAUGAUUGUGGGUAUGAUUAUAAGGCGGCUGGUCGAGAUUUGAUUUCACGUGAGAAUCCGGUGGUGAAAGCGGCCAAGAUUGUGAGAAUAUGAAUUUGCUUUUUAUGAAUUUCUUCUUUAUGUGUGAUAUAUAUUAUUAUCAUUCGGUAGAAUUCAAAGAUUAUUAUGAUUAUUAUAGGGAAUUCUUAAUUAACAAGAUUGUGAUGAAUUUCUCUUU